AACAAAAUGGCGAGUGUUUAUUAAUAAAGUCGAGCCAAUCAGGAAAAUUGACGAGUGAGGGACUGAUGGUUGUUCUCUAGGUGUUGUUAUUUUAGCUGUUUAGUUUGGUUAUUCGGAUUUUUUUAUUUUGAAAAAUUGCUGAGGCGAUGGAGUACCUCGUGGCAAAUGUGGAUCAUCUCAAAUUCGAUAUUGAGAUCGCCCUUGAUGAACAAUAUGGAGCACUUCCUCUGCCCUUCACCGGCAUGGACAAAUCCACUGCUGCUGUCUGUCAAUUCUAUCCUCGUGGUGCCUGCAACAAGGGAGGAUCCUGCCCUUUCAGGCACGUCAGGGGUGACAGGACAAUCGUCUGCAAGCAUUGGCUCCGAGGACUUUGCAAAAAGGGGGAUCAGUGUGAAUUUCUGCACGAAUACGACAUGUCAAAAAUGCCAGAGUGUUAUUUCUACUCGAGAUUCAACGCCUGCCACAACAAGGAGUGCCCAUUUCUGCAUAUAGAUCCUGAGACAAAAGUCCGGGAUUGUCCGUGGUAUGAUCGUGGAUUCUGCAGACACGGUCCAAUCUGUCGUCACAGACACGUACGACGAGUGCUCUGCAUGGCAUAUCUAGCUGGAUUCUGUCCAGAUGGUACAACGUGUAAAUUCAUGCAUCCCCGAUUUGAACUGCCAGCAAUUCAAGACAUGCAGCCGAAGGAGGGAAAGAAGGUGAUGAUUACGUGUCAUUUUUGUGGGGAGAGUGGACACAAAGCUGUUUAUUGUAAUAAAAUGCCGGCUGAGGUACGUGAGGCACAGAUGAGGCAGGAGCUGGAGGGUGGUGGGCCUCAUCAGCACAAUUAUCACAUGAAUAUGCACAAUGGACCACCACCCAGGGGACCCCAGAAGCCUCUCGAGGAGGUGACCUGUUACAAAUGUGGGACGAAGGGUCAUUAUGCCAAUAAAUGUCCUAAAGGACAUCUCGCCUUUCUCAGUCAUGCUGGGAGUGGCUCUACUGCGAGCAAUCAGAAUCCUGGGUACAGGAGGUGAAUUGAUUGGGUGGAGAUCAUCCUCAUGGCUACUAUCGAUACUUUUUUAAAUAAUUGGACCGCUCAAUCUGUUGGAUAAAAUACAGAUGUUUUCUUGGGAAAAUAUCUCGGAACCUGCGGGAGAUGGAAAAAUGUUGUGGGGAACUUUUUUGUGGAGAAUUUCCAGAGCUGGAAAAAAUGUUCAACAGAAAUUUUUCUGUCUUCUCUGGGUAACAAGAUAUUUCGAAAAAUGUCAAUGACGGUAAUCGACGACAAUUAAGUAUAUGAAAAACAGAUUUAUUCCGAAUAAACUAAAAUUAAUUCCGUACAUUGCGAUUGAGUAACAGUUGAGUAGAUGUACAAAUGCACGCAACCGCUCCUGAUAAAUUCCAGGAGUGGCAUUCAAUU